GAGGAGCCAGGAGCCAUGAGGGUAACAGUGGGCAUGCUCUGGCUCCUGACCCUCUGGGGGCACCCCCAAGCCCAGGGCUCCUGCCCGUCUCAAUGCAGCUGCAGCCUCCACAUCCUGGGUGAUGGCAGCAAGGCCAGGACGGUGGUGUGCAGCGACCCCGACAUGACUCUGCCCCCCGCGUCGCUCCCUCCCGACACCUCCAGAUUGCGCCUGGAGCGGACGGCCAUUCGCAGGGUGCCCGGGGAGGUCUUCAAGCCGCUAGGCCGCCUUGAGCAGCUGUGGCUGCCCUACAACGCCCUCAGCGAGCUCAGCGCCCUGAUGCUGCGGGGCCUGCGCCGCCUGCGCGAGCUGCGCCUGCCCGGGAACCGCCUGGCCGCCUUCCCCUGGGCGGCGCUCAAGGACGCCCCCCAGCUGCGGCUGCUGGACCUGCAAGCCAACCGGCUCGCCGCCGUGCCACCCGAGGCCGCGCGCUUCCUGGGGAACCUCACCUUCCUCGACCUCUCCAACAACCAGCUGUUGAGGCUCCCGCAGGAGAUACUGGCCACCUGGGCUCACCCACAGACCGGGCCCGUCCUUCCCGGGCACCGCACCAGGCUGGUGCUAGGGCUGCAGGACAACCCCUGGGCCUGCGACUGCCGCCUCUACGACCUGGCCCUUUUCCUGGAAGGCUGGGCCCCACAUCUGGCUUUCAUAGAGGCCAGGCUGAAGUGCGCCAGCCCAAGCAGCCUGGCCGGAGUGGCCUUCAGCCAGCUGGAACUGAGGAAGUGCCAGAGUCCGGGGCUCCGUCCAGGGGCGGCCAGUGUCAGGUCCCCACUGGGCAGUGCGGUAUUGCUACGUUGUGGGGCCACCGGCGUCCCUGGGCCAGAGAUGAGCUGGAGGAGAGCCAACGGGCACCCACUCAAAGGCACAGUGCACCAGGAAGUCUCCAGCGAUGGCACAAGCUGGACACUGCUGGGCCUGCCUGCUGUGUCCCUCCUCGACUCUGGAGACUACAUCUGCCAGGCCAAGAACUUUCUGGGAGUCUCUGAGACUGUCAUCUCCCUAUCCAUCACGGAGCCUCAGGCUUCCACAGAACAUAGUGGGAGCCCAGGGGCACUGUGGACAAGGACAGGUGAGGGGGCAGAAGCUGCUGCAUACAACAAGAUGGUGGCCAGGCAUGUCCCUGACAUCCCUGGACCUGCUGUUCCGACCACUGGGUCCCCUGUGUCCAACACGAAGGGGGAGCUGACCCUCCAGCACUUCCAGGUGGGGACUCCAGGAGAGCGCUCGAAUGGGCAGGCAGGACGCCAGGAGGCCCGAAUGGUGAGGUCUCUCAAGGUGGUGGGAGACACUUACCAGAGCGUGACCUUGGUGUGGAAGGCGCCCCAGGCUGGGAACACAACCACCUUCAGUGUCCUGUAUGCGGUCUUCGGGCAGCACAACAUGUGGCGGGUGGCGGUGCCACCUGGGAAGACCAGCGUCACCAUCCGUGGGCUGACGCCCAAGACAAAGUACGUCGCGUGUGUCUGCGUGCGGGACCUGAUGCCCCAGAAGGAGCAGUGCGUCAUCUUCUCCACGGACGGGGUGGUGGAUGCCGAGGCCACUCAGCGGCUCAUCAACGUGGUGGUGAUCAGUGUGGCCAUUGUCAUCGCCCUGCCCCUCACCCUGCUCGUGUGCUGCGGAGCUGUGCAGCGGCGAUGCCGCAAGUGCCGCACAGGGGGCGCUGCUGAGGCCACGGGGGCCUAUGUCAACCUGGAGAGGCUGCGCCACAGCGAGGACGGCUCCGAGCUGUCCCAGCACAGCUUCAGUGAGGCCGACAGGCUCCUCUCCGCCCGGUCCAGCCUGGACUCUCAGGUCCUGGGCUCCAGGGGGGGCAGGCGGAUCAAUGAGUACUUUUGCUGA